CAUUUGUCGUUCGGUGGUGCCCCCUACUCCGUCACUUUUGUUGUGUUAUUGAUUAAUUUGAGUAAAUCAAAAAUAUCCGAUUUUUUCGGAAAACGAGUAAAAGUGGGACCUCCAGCUCUACGUUCCAGCCUUCGGAUCGUCACUUUAACCCAAAACUUACCUCCCCCAAAAUCAGCCCUUUUUUCCCUGAUUCCGGGGCGAACUCCACUCAUUUCCAGUGAAAAAUGUCCCAAAAAGCCAUCGCCGACCAAGAAAUCACCAUCAAAGACUCCCUCUUCGAGUUCGUCAAGACACACAUAACUAACGCCGACUUGUCUCUCAUCGACGAUAUCGUCCUGUCUUAUGUUGUUGCAAUCCUUGAGGACGUCAGCUCGGACCCUGUCUUCAGCGUCGAAGAUUUCUGCGAAAUGAUGUCGGCGUACUUCCCCGAAUUUGAAUCGAUCAAUCACGCGACUGUCUGUCAGUGGAUAUUCGAGUUGGCGGCGAAAUUGAGGGUGGAGGAACCGGAAGAGAAGUCCGUGAUUGAGAUUUCCCUACCGGAAAUCGUUCCCAAGACGAAACCGAGACAGUUGGACAACAGAGACAGCUUUGAUUUGCCCAAAAGAGUACACAGGCUGUCGGAAAUGAGCGAUGGGGGCUCCACGGAUAGCUCCUGCUGCGAUUUCUUGGACGAAAUCGACGUCUUGCAGGAGAUGUUCCCCCACGUUUGCUCCAUUGAGGUUUGUUAGUCAGUUUUAUUAAACAAAAACCAAAAUUUCCAUAAUAUAACGAUUUAAAAACAAAAACGAACUAAAACAAAAAUUCGAACAAAUAUAAUCCAAAUAAAAAAACUUAAAAUCGCUGGUAAACAGUCUAAACUAAAAUAAAAUGAAAUUAAAAUAGGUACAGGUGGUUUUUAAAAAACGUCAGGCACGAUAUUAUUUAUGGGCUGAUUUCAAAAAUUAAAAAAAUAAAUUAAAUGGCAUUUAUUAUGUUUCACAUAAUUUUACGAGAUCUGCACCUAUAAGAUGCAAUUAAUAUUACAUAUUCUAAUACGAACUCGACAAAUUUUGAAAAAUUGGAUUUUUUUUUUAGUUUGUUCACCCUUUAAAAAAUUACAACAUUUUAAGUUAGUUAGUGAUUAAAAUAGAUAAAGUAGAAUCAUA